UUCUCAGCCGUUAGUUGAGUUUCGGAAACAUCGAGAGCUCGUGUGUUUCUCUGCUUCGGGACCAGUUCGGAUGGGUCGUCGUUAGAGGAGCCGCUCAGGUGAAGAGGAGCCGCAGGUGAGAGCUGCUGGCUGUAAACUGUGGAAACAAACCGCGGGAGUGGAAGCAGUGUUCCUGUGAAGACAUGGAGAGUGUGUGUGUGUGGCUGGUAUGUGUGUGUGUGCUGAGUGUGUGUGCUCACAGCUCGUUGCACAGAAGUGACCCCGCCCACCUGGGUCGCCACCAUCAUCACCUGGUUUCCAACAGCAACGGUGCCUCAGAUCUGUGUGCGAUAGACCCGCAGCUCUGUCAGGACGAGGCCUCGCGGCUCAGUUUCGAGGCGAUCUGCAGCGUCCACAAACUGAUGGACGACGACGCCGACGGCUCGGUGGACGCGACGGAGACGGACGAGUUUCUGAGGGAGGAUCUGAAGUUUCACGACUCUAAAGCCAAACGCAGCAGCUUCCACCGAGCGGACCUGCACAUCAGUGUGGAGGACAUGUGGCGCGCCUGGAAGAGCUCCGAGGUGUAUAACUGGACGCUGCAGCAGGUGGAGGACUGGCUGCUCAGCGUGGAGCUUCCUCAGUACGCAGAGACCUUCAGGAAGCAGCGGCUGGAUGGAAAGUUCUUGCCCAGGCUGGCGGUGAAGAACACAACGCUGACGCUGUCCGUGCUGAAGAUCUCAGACCGGAGUCACGCUCAGAAACUGCAGCUCAAAGCUCUGGACAUCGUGCUGUUUGGACCGCCGCCAGCAGGUCGACACAGCCAGUGGAAGGAUCUGGUUCUGGGCGUGUCCGUCCUGAUGGCGCUGUGCGGCUGCUGGUUCGCCUUCGUGCAAACCAGGAAGUCCAGAGACGACAUGGGGCGUCUGGUGAAGGACCUGGAGGGUCUGCAGAGGGCCGAGCAGAGUCUGACGGACCUGCAGGAGAAGCUGCAGCAGGCUCAGGAGGAGCAGCGCUGCGUCCAGGUGGAGAAGGUGAAGGUGGAGGAGGAGCUGAAGAGCGAGAUCGAUUCGGCCAAACAGGAAGCUCAGCGGCUGCGAGAGCUGCGGGAGGGAACGGAGAACGAGAGGAGCCGGCAGAAGUACGCAGAGGAGGAGCUGGAGCAGGUACGCACAGCGCUGAAGAAGGCGGAGAGGGAGCUGGAGUCGCGGGUUCACUGGGCGCCGCCUGAGUCUCUGCAGAAGUGGCUGCAGCUGACGCACGAGGUUGAGGUUCAAUAUUACAACAUCAAGAGACAGAGUGCAGAGAGACAGCUGCUGCAGGCCAGAGAGGGGGCGGAGAAGAUCAAGAAGAAGAGGAGCUCUUUGUUCGGGACGUUUCACGUGGCGCACAGCUCCUCGCUGGACGACGUCGACCACAAGAUCCUCUCUGCCAAACAGGCCCUGGCCGAGGUGACGGCCGCCCUGCGGGAGAAGCUGCACCGCUGGCAGCACAUCGAGGGUCUGACGGGUUUCUGUCUGGUCACUAACCCGGGGCUGGGGGCGCUGGCCGUCGCCCUCAACCUGGACCCGUCCUUCCUCGGCCUGCGACCUCCGACUCCUCAGCACCUCAUCCUCUCCGAUGACCUGGACGACAUGGACGAAGACAUUCUGUCCCCGGGGACGCUGCAGUACGCAGCGUGGCAGAUGGACCGGCGAGUGAGCGACCUCUGGCCAAUGAGUGGCAUCGCAGACACCCAGUCACCAUGGAAACACUCCGCUCAGAGUCUGAUGCCCCUGCGACAGAGGAUAGGAGACCCCACUCUGGCGUUCAGCUCUCAGAGGGACAUCAUGAACUGCUCAGACUCUGACUCCGCCCUCCCCGUCUCUCACAGCGAAUCACGCGGCUUAUACGGCUCAAAGCCCUUCCUCCUGUCCUCCAGGCUCCAGCCCCAGCAGGGUCAGGGCUCCGGGGACGGAGCAGGUGGAGGCGGCCUGGAGAAGAGCUCCAGCCUGGGGGAGCUGAGGGGCAGCCCUGCCACCACCGUCCUCGCCUCCUCCUGCUCCGCCCGCUCCCUCUGCAUCACGUCCGACGCCCCGGCCGUCUUCUCGUCCUCCGCCUCGUCCAGCUCGUCGGGCAGCGCCCGGGGGACGGGCCUCCAGCUGACGUCCAGGACGAGCCCCGUGGGAGAGGACGGAGGCGACGAGAGCGAGGCAUCCGUCAGUCGGAGGAGAAUUGCUUUUAAUAAGAUCUUUAAGAAGAAGCAGGGACGCCACUGAUCGCCUGCUCUCAUCAUGACGACAGAACCAAACUGUCACAGGGAACAUCGGCUUUAAAGCUUCACAUUCAACUUUUCUGGCAAAUUGUUACAUUUUUUCUUUCUGUUAAACUGAGAGGAAGAAAGUACGACACAGGACACAACGGCCAGGGGACAUGGAGAUGGACCACGCAACCAAAAGACGGUCUUCUAGCUGGAUGUAGAUUUCGAGAAGGGAUAAAGCAAUACAAAAUAAUAACCUGUUUGAUUGUGCAUCUUUAAAUUCCACCGUUUUCAUGCCAAAGAUUCUCAGUGACUGUUUACAUGCACACUAAUAUUCCACUGUUCUGAUAUCACAAUCAUUGGGCUUCUGAUGAGGCGGUUCAUGCAGUUUGACCUGAUGGACUGCAGUAGAUAUCAGCUGCCGUUAAAAUAACAACCGCCGAUGUACUCAGCCAAUCGACAGAUGUUUAUUUGGGCCCAUUUUUGUCGUUCAUGGUCUCCCCCGAAGAGAAAAGGCUUCUUUGUUGGAACAGUGGAAGCUAACGCAUCUAAACUUCAGUCUUCUAGCAACAGCUUUAUGAGACUGAGUAACAUAAAGACGUGGGGCCUCGAGUCGAGUUGAGGACGUGAGACUUGCUUGACUAACGUUAUUAAAUGACUCGAAAGAACUUCACGUUUUAAUAAAUAUUGCCAUUUUUCUAGAUAUUGUAAUGUUACGUUUAGUUUUUGAAACUUGAUCGGAGGAUUUUUGGUGCAACGCGCACACGUCUGGCAGCCUUCUAACAGAGCAGCGGUCACGCUAAUAAUUGAAAUGUGUGUUUUAAUGCUAAUAAGGACUUCAGAUGACCACAAUACAUUAGUCUGGAGCCAGCAAAACAAACGCGCGUAUCUGCCGAUAUGUUUACGACUUACUGCACAUUUGUUAGUGAAUAUUAAUGAGACACACACACACACACACACACACGAUGUGAGUUCAAACAAAUGUAACUUUAUUUACUCUGAACAAAUAUUAAUGUCACAUUAACGACGAUAAACAUCGUCUCUUCUCACGCAUCAGAAAGAACUUUGGUUGUGUUUUUAAUUCAUAAAUAAACAAACUUUUGAAGA